AUGACAGCGCAUACGCUCGACGACCAGCGUGUCCUACUCGAACGAGCGACGUAUGGAGAUAUCGCAUCGCAAGGACUGGCCCCGGAUGAAAUGCACGUGGUGUUUGGCGUUGGCAGCGGCAAGAUCGUGUGUCUUCCGCUGUUGCCACCACAGUUGCCGCCUUCCCGAACGGAGAUGUAG